AUGCCUUUCUGUACGAACUGUGGUCAAAGUAUUUCGUUUUCAGCCAAAUUUUGUACUAAUUGUGGGGUCUUAGUAAAAUCAACUUCUUCUAAUAAUCUUAAAACUACAAACCCAACAAUAACUAAAUCUUCUACCUCAUCUUCUCUAAAACCUGUUACAAGUAUUAAUACAACUUGUAGUACUAAACCAACUUCAAGUCCUUCAAUAAGUACUAAAAAGAGUUAUUUUGAAAGUAAAGAUAAAGAAGUACAAAAGGAAAAGAAAGGAAAACAAGCCAAAGAAAAAUCUCAUAUCCAUUUUGUUUUUAGUAGUAGCCCUGACCCAAUGACUCAUAGCUUAACACCAACAUCUUCAGACUUUGAUUUUAUACAAAGAGACCAUAAAAACACUUAUGAAAAACCUAAAAAACAAAAAGAAAAAGAAAAAGUUUGUUUUGAACAAUCAAGUCAAGUAAAAAGUAGUUCAUCAUCAUCUCCUUCAUUGAUAAACUUAAAAAAAAGAGGAGAUGUUAUUGUGUCUAUUGGAUCACCAAAAUCAUCUUCAACAAGUGGAAUAAAGAAAUGUAAAUAUUGUCAUCAAAAUAUAAAUGGAAAUGAAAGUUAUAAAAUGAUAUUUGGGAAUUAUUAUCAUGACAAAUGUGUUCAUUGUUAUAAAUGUAAUCAAAGAAUAUAUUCUACUUCAAAAUAUUAUAAUCAUAAAGGAAAAAUUAUUUGUCAUCCAUGUAUGUUAAAUAAAUUACCUAAAUGUGCUCGUUGUAAUAACCCAAUUAAAGGAAAAUAUAUUGUUGUUGGGAAUAAAAAUUAUCAUCCAGAAUGUGCUCCUUCUUGUUAA